UUUGCAUGUACACUAAAGUUAAUGCAAGCUAUAUAUUAUAUAAAAAGAAAGAGUUUCACUAUUGUAGUUUUCACACAAUAAAACUAUAGUCACCCCCCUUUAAAUACUUGAUAACAACCCUAAUCUUCUUUAUUUGUGUCACUACAAGACAUUUUAUUAUAACCCCCACAAACAAAGUUUGGGGGGUAUAUAGGAAUCACCUUGUCCGUCUGUCUGUGCAAUGGUGUCCGGUCCAUAUUUUUCUUAGAGGGACAUUACAAUCUACUACUCCACACUAAGAUUGCUCAUGACCCAAGGGUGUGUCAUGACCUUGACCCAAGGUCAUUUGGGCAAGUUCAAGGUCACUGGAAGAAAAAUUUCAUAAUUCGUGUCUGGUACAUAUCUUUCUUAUGGAUAAACUUGGUAAAUUCUCAUUUCACACAAAGAUUGCCCAUGAAACCCUAUUUUGUGUCAUGACCUUGACCCAAGAUCAUUUGGGGAAGUUCAAGGUCACUGGAAGAAAAAUUUCAUAAUUCGUGUCUGAUCCAUAUCUUUCUUAUGGAUAAACAUGGUAGGUUCUCAUUUCACACAAAGAUUGCCCAUGACCCAAUUGUGUGUCAUGACCUUGACCCAAGGUCAUUUGGGGAAGUUCAAGAUCACUGUUAGAAAAAUUUCAUAAUUUGUGUUUGAUACAUAUCUAUUAUGGAAAAUAUUACUUCUAAAAAAUCCAGCGGGGGGUAUUUUGUCCAGUUUGGACAGUUCUUGUUGUAUCAUAAUAGAUUUAGACAAGUAGAUCGAAAUAUCUGAGUACCUUAACAAAGCACCUGCUCUACUAAAUAUUGCUGAAAUCUGAACAAAAUUGACAUGUUUUAAGGUUUUUGAAACAUCUCCAUUCGAAAUGAACCAAUCUGUCAUUGACACAUACCUCAACCCACCACAAGAAACAGUCGAGGAAAUUCUCCAAUCACCACAAAAAAGAAUGGUUUCAGUCAGAGGUAUUUUACGAAAAUCAUCACAGAUCAUAGAAUCGCCCAAUAGUAAGAGGAAGGAGAUAACAAUAGAGUCGAUGGAAGGUACUUCCCGAGUAGUUUGUAAAUUGUGGGGAGACCAUGCCGACAAGUGUCUGCCGCAGAAUGAUGAAGUCGUGACUGUCUGCAACGUAGAAGUUGCAACAUUUAAAGAUAUAAUUUCACUAAAUUCAACCCUGCUUACUUCCAUAAAGGAAUCCGAAGAGAACACCAUAGUCGAAGGAAAAGUCGAAGGGGUAGAUUUUAGAGAGGACUUCAGCUAUCUCAUCAUUGACACAAAAACUUAUAAAGUAAAAACAACGGAACUGGAAAGAAUAUUUCCCAGAGGGUUCGAACAAGACAUACAUAUCAAAGGAAGCGCUCAUGGAUUUACCAUUGUUGAACUAGAGAAGAUCAACCCAGCAAAGAAACCUAAGAGAGAUUAAACUUUUCAAGAAAAGUACUUCUUUUGAACAAUUUGAACAACGCCCAUUUCAUUUCAGCUAUAAUUCAAAGCUCAAAUAAGCUUUUCUAAUCAUAAUUUGGUCGUCUGUCUAGCUGUCCGUCUGUCUGUAAACAUUUCAUAUUUUUAACUUCUUUUCAAGAACCACUGGACCAAUUUCAAUAAAACUAAACACAAAGCAUCCUUGACCACAGAAGACUCAACUACUAUCUUCAUAUGAAAGGCCAUGUAUGACCUCUUAUAAAGGGAAAUAAUGAAGACAUAAUUAAAAUUUUGUGGCAUGUUUGUAAAUCUCCUCAUCAAGAACCACAGAGUUGGGAAAAUAUAAAACUAAUCUGGAAACAUCUUCAAGUAUUGCACAUUACAAAAUUUGAUUUUUAAAUUAUGACCCCCAGAUAUAGCCUGAGGCCACCAGAUAUGAUCAAAGUUUAACAUACGAAUAUAUAAGAAAAAACUUUAAAAAAUCUUCUUAAAGACA